AUGCCUUCUGCAUCUUACCAGCAACAGAUCUCCUUUCGUAGAAAACUUGCGAUUCCCCAACCCCCGUUAUCCUCCAGAGCGUGGCGUAUUGAUCGUUAUGGGAGCGUCCAGCGCCGAUCUUCUGCACUGAGCUGCGGCACAUUCUUCUUGUUCUCGUUGACUAGUAGAAUGGGAGACACAUCAGCUUCAACGGGAACGGCGGAGAAGAGGGCUCAUGAGACUACAGCGGGCAGCCCAGAUAUAAAAGUAGAAGAAGAUCUAAACAGUUCUGGCAUCCCGCAUUCAGAUUUUGUUGUCGUAGCUGAUAGUACCGGCGAAGCCAUGGAGUUACCUACCGCUUCAGAUAAUUCUUUAUAUAUGACCACACUUCAAGCUACCUAUCCCGGUGCCACCGGGAUGAAAUACAAAAAUCCCAAAACGGGAGCAUUACGGGCUGUAGCUGUUGAUGCCAGUGGUACAAAACUUCUACCACCAUCUGACGGUUGGGACGAUAAGGUAUUCACAGUGAUCACCUCGAACUCACGCAGUGAGCGAAGCUCGGAUGUAAGUGUGAAACGUCGGAAGAUUGGAACAAGUGAUGGAGAGUCCGACAGUGACGGUGAGGGUCGAAUCGGUCGCAAACGUGCCGCUGACUCUCGCGAGGCUGCGGUAGCUGAGCCACCUAUCCCACGCCGACCGGUUGAUCUCAUCGUACUUGGCGUGAAUUACAAGACAACAGACGAAGGAUUCAAGUCCUACUUUGAAGCCUUUGGUACGGUGGUGUUUGCUGAGAUCAAACGCACACCGGAAGGAUCGUCAAAAGGUUUUGGUUUUGUACAGAUGAGCACAGUAGAAGAACAAGAUAAGGUGCUUGGGACAGCCAACCACAUGUUAGAUGGUCGCCGCUGUGAUGUGCGCAUUCCUGAUCAGAGACAUGAUGCUCAUGGAAACACUCCUGGUGGGAGUCGAACGGUUGUACCACCGAAAACGCUAGUGAAUAAAGUUUUUGUGGGCAGACUUUCGGAGAAGAUCGAAGAGGAGACGCUGCGAAAGUUUUUCGACAAUGAAGCCAAAAGGAUUGUCGAUUCCGCCUCGGUGACAGAUGUAUUCAUUCCACGACCCUUCCGUGGCUUUGCAUUCAUCACGUUUACGCAUUCUGAAGUUGCUGAUCGUUUGUGCAAAGAGAACAAUUUUGUGAUUGAUGGCACAUCUGUGAGUGUGACACUCGCUGUACCACGAGAGGAUCCACAUCAGAAUGCUAGCGGAUAUUUCAACGAUUUCGGUUUUCCCUAUGGUUAUAGUAAGAGUGGUGGCGGAUUUGGAGGAGCUGGUGGAAUGCCUCCUAAUCAUAGUCCAUUUCCAGGACGGGACGUGUUCGGAUACAGUCCACCACCUGGUGUGUAUGGGCGUCCUCCAUACGAUGGUUGGGUACCGCCACCUACUCUCCAGGGCACUCCUCGAUCAAGCCGCAAUGGACCAGCACAUGAACAACCAUGCGUGCGCAAUCGUUACCAUCCUUCCCGAUCCAAAGAACCAGCCUUUCCUGGUCCCGUGCCGCCUCCAGGGCCACCUCCUCUAGCCUAUGUGUUUCAGCAAAGAGAUGGACUGGCUGGUCAAGCUGCUUCAAAUCAAAUAGCAAGUGGUUUGGAUGCUUUAAAUCUGAACCAAAUGAAUCCGGACUUACUGAAUACAGCAUGGAAUGCGUUCUUCAGCACGUUAAAUAAUGGAGGAGCAUCACCACAACCACGGAAGUGGUAGUCUAAUCCAGGGUCACAACAAAUAUAAUGUAUAAUCUGUAAUUAGAAUGAAUAAAUAUUUUGUUGUA